GGCCCUGGGCAAGCCUUCUAAUUGGCUAGUUUUAACUUGUCCUUUGGAUUUCUACUUGCUACAGUAGCAAAAUGAAUUAUAUGCUCAUACUCUAUAUGGUAUCCACUAGGAAAACAUCUCCUUAUCACCCAUUAACAUUUCUUAUGUAUGUGGAGUGAUCCCACACAUCAUCUUUCUGCGCUUUCUUCUGGAAAAUAAAUGAGGCAACAUCCUUCUAACAUGCUGAAACUCAUAAAAAGUGAAUUUCCUUCCUUGGAAUUGUUACCACUUGAAGAAUUAAAGAUUCUUAAUAAACUGUGGCUGGGAAAUGUGAUAAUGUUGUUUCGCUUUAACAUGUGCAGUUUCCUUACUAUCAAUUUGUGGACCGAGCAUCUAUGUACAAAAGUUGGAUCCUUAUUUUAUGCCAUCUACUUCCUUGUGAGCUUCCCUAUGUUUAUAAGAAUUGACGAGAAACCUGGCGAUCCAUGGGACUUGCCUAGAGUUGCUAUUGAUGCACUUGGUGCUGCACUGCUGGUCACAAUAAUACUCUAUCUAUGGCGCAUUUUUUUGGGAACUAUUGUCCCAAUUCCCGAAACAAAACAGUGCCUUCAACCAGGACUUCCUUGGUUCCCAGGACAUGCGAACGAAACUUGACAGCCAUCUGGAAACCAGGAGCUGGUUAAAGUUUCUGGCUGAGGAAGAAACCAAGCUCUGAAAUUUCUUGCAGUUGAUGUGGCAGUGGCUGCUGUACGAUAUUAGAUACUUGUUGUAGUUUGAUAGAAUUGCAUGAGCAAAAGGCUAUACAUUCCAUAAGUUAUAAUAUUAACACUUCAUUCUAUGUUAUUUCGUGAU